AGCUACUCAACUUCAACAACCCAAUGUCGUAAUAUAUCCUCACCGUAAUUCAACCGAAAUAUUGUGUACAUGGCUGAGCAAUCUAGUCAGCCAUGAUUUUCGGUUACAGUCCAUCUCGCGGUAACCUGCUUCUCUUUCAGUGUUGACUUUCACAGUCACGAUUGCUUUUGACGCGUCGCUUGCAUAACAUGCAAUGGCCAGUAACGAGCAUAAUAAUGGUCGCAUUGUAUACUCUCCGUAUGCGCCACCGUCGCAUCCUGAGAAAUCCCAACUGUGCCCGCCCUCUGAACAUAUUCACAUCAAACACCCCGGCAGCGACAGCACCCUCUUCACACUUCCUCGUCUGGACAGCGGCGGUAUCCAUCACGAGACGGUGAGGACUGCGUGUGCCAUUCUCGAUGACAACAGAUGGGAUGGUUUUCUCACUUUGGACAAGCACGGUGAACAUCCAGUCCCCAAAGCAGAAACGAUCCUAAGAGCGAAAAUAUAUUAUUUUCAUACGUCCUGGCCGCUGAACGAUUUAGGCUACGCAGUCACUCCCACGUUUGAACACUGGCGCUUUCCACAUGACAAUCUCCCUCCCUCCUGGCGCGAUAUCGCAUCCUUCAAGCAGACAUCCCGACCGGAGAGCGACAACUAUUGCCGUAUAACGCAAUUCGAGGACGGUGUUGAGGAUGCACACUUGGUGCCGAGCGCCGAAAGGCAAUGGUUCAACAACAACAUGACGGCAUACAUUGAUUCGACGAGGGCAGAUAAGCUCAAGGACUCAGACAAUCGCGUCCGUCUACGAAGUGAUGUCCAUAGCGUCUUCGAUGCUAAGCGCUUUGCCAUCGUACCUAUCGACGGGCGCCUAGUCGUCUACUGCAUGAAUACUAAGCUUGGUUCGCAAGUCGAACGCCUUUAUCACGGUGUCGAACUGCACAGAAUCCGUGACUCGGGCUAUCUCGGCCACUUUCUACUCGCACGGUUCGCUUAUACGGUUUUCGAGCGUCUACGAGCAUGGUUGGAAUCAAACACUUCGAGGAAGCUACGCCUUCGUGUGGAUAAUGCAACAAGAGUCGAGAUUUGCAGCCCGGAACGUUGCUGGCGAUUCGCCCAGUAUACAGCAUAUCAGGGCAAGUCUCGCAGUGUCAGUCCGAAGAAGCGUCCACAUCCCGAUGCUGGAGCAGCCGUGGAUAGCGAUGAUGAAUGCCAGUGGGUAGAAGCAGAGUUCCGAGGCCGCAAAAGACGUCGAGAUGAUCCAGAAGUGACACAGCGCCGGAAGCGCUGAGCUGACCUGAAACAGAUAGGUUCCGCGUCAUGAGGUCCGUCCUUCCGUCACAGGCGCCUAUUUGGAUCAGAACGGUCACUGCCAUAAGGAAUGCCACACACCUUCGAAUUGUUAUGCCGAAGCCAGUAGACAUGGCAGUACUGCAGACAAGGUAAGUCGUCUUCGGAAACCAGGACUACCGCCACAAAAACAACGCCGUUCCUCUUGCAGGUUGGUGUAAGGAUGGAAUGACUGCAAAUGCGGUCAUCAUAAUAUCUAAAGGGUAUAUCACCAUAUCCGCAACAAGAGACGUUCCUUAGUCGGACGAGUCAAACGAACUGAUAGGUCCGGCAGGGGGAGAUCCUCCUCUUUUCGAUCCUAUGCUUUAAGCAUCUGUACUAUACAGCAACACAAAAAGUACCACUAGGUCGAGGGGCAGGUAUCCCCUUCUGUUGCCAUGUCCUUCCAUCAUGGGACGUAGACAACAACACGCUCGAUCCCGACGUGCCCAAGCUCAAUUCCUGUCUUCCAUUCAAUCAGUUGCAGGUUCAACCAGCCAUCAUCCAGCAGAAAGAUAUCUCCACCUCUCUCGGGCCUCGCUCUCCCUCCUUUCCUUUUCCUCCUGACUGACCAAUUCGACUCCGGCGGCGAUCCUCUGGUCUCUGGCCUCCAGGACGCUCUUCACUUUCCAUGCCAUGACGGCCAUUGCCGCAUACAUGACAGCACUGACCAACUGUAGCGCGACCAUGGCGUCCCAGAUACCCGCCUUCCCACCGGUGCCGGCAGGACACUCGUCCCGCUGCAACGAACCUUUGUUGUUGUUGCCAGACCGACCGGCGCAAGAGCCGAUGAAGACAAGCGCACUGACGAAAAGUAAGGCCGACAGCGUCGCCGAGAACCACAACGCCAGCCGCGGCGGGUUCACCCGUGCCAGGACGUGUAAGUGCAGCGAGGGGAUUGUGUUGAAGAAACAGAGGCCCGGGACGAUCAGGGGCUGGAUGACCUGGGCGCUAGCAAACACAUCAGUACUGGAUCGUAACGGAAAAAAACAAUUUCUCUUUUCACAAUUGUGGACCUAGCCCGCACUCCACAAACCCAGGAAAACAUGUGCAUAUCAUGUAUCACGCAUCAUGCAUCAUGAGCUCUGCUGCGCCAUGCUGUACUCCCCAGCGUUGCCAGUGUGCAAUGGCCGUGCAAGGGCAAAAAUGACAUGGCGAUAAAUUUGAUGGCAUGUUUCUGUCAAACCCAAGCGACAGGACGAUUCAAUCCAUAUAAAUACAUAUACAUACAAAUUCAACUCGGUCUUCAUCGACGAGAUCCACACGGCCCCCAAAGCGAUCUCAAUCAUACUGAGCACCGCCAGCGUGAGAACUAUCCAGGGCCCGUAGCCGGUCCAUUUCGACGCCCGUUUCCACCGCGGAUCGCCUUUGAACGAUGCGUCUGCGAGUCCUUGGAUGCCUAGCAUUCUUGCAGCAUCUGAACUAGACUAGGUUGUCCGAAGAGGCGAUGUUGCCGUCGAAAAGUCCAAGUCCGGCGUUCGGUCGUCCCCAGAAACAAAAUCAAAACGAACAACUGAAGGCUGGGCUACCGAAAGAUUUCGCGUUGGUUGUAUCGUAUUGGUUCAGUUGUGUGUCCAGUCUGCGCGGAGCAACGAGGACAAGGCUGGUCACGAGGGCUGGAGUGGGCUCAAUCGUACAGAGGCUCUGCGUUGUUAAAAUGGCGUAGUUGUUGUACAGUACAUCCUACCGUACUGUGUAGUAUCUUAGACAAUCGACGAUUGGAAUUGUUCCUGCGGAAUGAAACCAAAUCACAAUCACCCCGACAAAGAACAAUGAGAAAUUUGGUUCCACUUCAAGUUUGAAAAAAAGGACAUCGACGCCCUUCAGUUUCAAACUUGAAGGCCGCGCUAUCUUCGAGUUCAGGCCGCCUGCCUUGCCACUGGCAGUGUAAGGCUUGCCCCUCAUUCCAAAGCCAAAGACUAAAGUUACCGAUCCGUCACAGCCGUGGGAGGUCACAUUGAUGAUGAGAGGUAGACGGGGGCGGCGGCCUAAUAAGAGCCCCAGGUCUUGCGCCGCUGUCGUGGCGGGAGGCCCGGAAUCGCGUACCAUGACACCAUGAUCUUCGAGAAGGCUACCGCUCCCGUUCUAAGUAGGGAGAGAAGAUCCCUGAAGCUUGUAGCUGUGCUUAUACAACUUUGGUGAGAAUUCCAACGCGUAUACAGGCCGAUGGAGCAAGGGACCGAGAAUCUCAUCUUCUUGCCGUUCAUCUUUCAAUAGCCAUAUGUCUAGGUACAUAAAGCUACACUGGCAGCAUGUAUACUACCCUUGUUUCAAGCUCAAACUCGAUGUUCGAAUCCAGAAAUAAAACUUCCCUGCUUAAUCUCCAACGGCUUCUCCAGCAACGGACUGAUUUUGCCCACGACGGACUGAAAAUGUUCGGUUUUGGUGUGCCCCUCGUGCGCCUCGAUGUUUUUGUACCUGCAGUGUUAGAAAACAUCAGUAUAUCAGUGCUAAUAUAGUAGGCGGAUAUACUAGGUCGGCAUUGCCUACGUUUCUACAAAGACGAUUUCUUUCUCGGUCCGGAAUGCAUAGUAGGUCAGGACGUCGGGUUCGGUAGCUUCAACUUUCUUCGUGAGUUCUGUGACUGCGGCUGCAACCUAUGUUUUGUAGUUCCACAAUAUCAGAUCCCGGUAUCUGGUACAUGUCUGGGUCGGAUCGGUACAGAACAGACAUACUUCGUCGAACUUGUCAGCCUUGGGGUAGAAGGUUGCAACGAGGUGGACGUGGCCCGGCGCCAUGGUGGAAGGAUUCAAAUUUCAAGUGUAGGUGGUUGAUGGAGGUCGAUCAGCUGGAUUCGAGGUGUCUUGAAUGUCAGAUCAGAGCUACUGUCCGGAGUGCUCGUAAAAAUCUGGUUUUGGUUAAAGUGUUGUUCGCUAAAGAUGAGAUACAUAAUAGACAAUUUGGUCAUGCCGCUGUGGGCCGAUGGAUGACAUAGCUGCAGCCCCGUUUUAUUAUUUUCC